AUGGAAUCGUGUUUGGCGGCCAUAAGAACUGCGACUAACAAUGACGAUAUUGUCAAAAUUAUUUAUAACGCUGUUGAGUCGCCAGAUCUGUAUACUUUUUCCGAAAUACUCGCGGAGAAUGCAGUGAAAGGGUUAUUGAAUCAUCCAGAGUUCGCUAGAUUUUAUCAUCUACUUCAACUGUUUGCCUAUGGGACAUAUGAACAGUACUUACUGGAGAAAGAAGAGCUUCCAGAAUUAACUCAUGCAAUGAUUUUGAAGUUGAGACAGUUAACUUUGGUGUCAAUGUGUGUUCAACAUAAACAGAUUCCAGUAAAAGAGGCAAUGAACUUACUUCGUUUGGACUCGGUUCUUGAACUUCAAGCCAUUUUUAUUGGUGCCGUAUAUGCUGGCAUUUUGCAGGGAAAAUGGAAUACUGAGAAGGAAACAAUAGAAGUGCAGUCGUGGAGGAGCAGAGACGUGCAAGCAGAAGAGCUGAAUACGAUGAGAUUACGAUUGUCGAGGUGGAUUCACUAUUGUUCGAAUGCUGUAGAAGGAUUGGAAAAUAUUGUUACAAAUGCUGAAAAAGCCAUUGCCGAUGCCGAAGCCAAUGAAUUAAAGGCAUUAAAUUAUUUCUCAUAG